UGCCAAGCUGCAAAGGCUUAACCUUUACCCUAAUUAAGCCCUUUCUCUCGCUUGCUCGCUCGCACACGUCCUCUCUCUGGAUUGCCGUUACUGAACCUGAGAAACAAGCCAAGCUACCCCUUUUGCGAACUUAACAGUUAGACAAAGAAGCCAAUCGAAAAAUGGGAAGAGAAACUCCAAAACAGCAACAACAGGUUUCUUACACAGUGGAGCAGCUUGUGGCAGUUAAUCCUUACAAUCCCGACAUCCUCCCCGAUCUCGAGAACUAUGUUAACGAGCAGGUCUCAUCGCAAACAUACAGUCUGGAUGCUAAUCUUUGCCUUCUUCGCCUAUACCAGUUUGAGCCUGAGCGAAUGAGCACCCAAAUUGUUGCACGCAUUUUGGUUAAGGCCCUCAUGGCAAUGCCAGCUCCAGAUUUCAGCCUUUGUCUCUUUUUGAUUCCAGAGCGAGUGCAAAUGGAGGAGCAGUUCAAGACACUGAUUGUUCUCUCCCAUUAUCUGGAGACAGGAAGAUUUCGUCAGUUCUGGGAUGAAGCAGCUAAAAGUCGUCAUAUAGUUGAGGCUGUGCCAGGUUUUGAGCAAGCAAUCCAGACAUAUGCAAUUCAUGUCCUUUCUCUGACUUAUCAAAAGAUUCCUAGACCUGUACUUGCUGAGGCUAUUAACAUUGAAGGUUUGUCCUUGGAUAAAUUCCUUGAACACCAGGCAGCCAACAGUGGUUGGAUUCUUGAGAAGGGUCAUGGCAGGGGUCAACUAAUAAUCUUACCUCGGAACGAAUUUAAUCAUCCUGAGCUAAAGAAAAGCGCUGCUGAUAGCGUUCCAUUGGAGCACAUCACCCGUAUUUUCCCCAUUCUUGGCUAAACUCCUCUGGGGACGAAGAAUUUUUGGAGUUAUUUCCCUUAUAUGUUUCAAUGAUGCUGGCAUGCUGCCACCCUUACUUUUUGUUUUUGUCUUGGAUAUAGAACAAGCAACAAACUAUUUUAGGAUAGACUUGUCAACUUAUCUAAAAAAUUUACUUUUCUUUAGCUUUGUUUUGUCACUCAUCAGAAUAUAGUUAUUUAUUACUUAUCAUGCAGUGAGCCA